AUGGAGCAGCUGCAGCCAGUUUCAAUAAUGGUACAUAAAUCGCAACACCAAAGUGCCGACUAUGAGUUAAAGGCAUGUGUAUUGCCGCCAGGAGCGGCAUUCUUCGCCGAUGGCGGAGGGGCUUACUUUUUCGUUUCGGAUAAGUGCCACUAUGCCUUCGACGACCACCUGGAAUGUAUACUUAAAGUCAACCUGAAGCAUAUAUGCCAUGUUGGCUCGAGAUUUGGCCAUGCUUUGGCCUUGGCGGCAAGCAACAGUCUAUAUUACGUUGACACUGCAGAUACGGUCCAAGUGAAGAAAUCGAAGAAACGUAUACUACAUGUACAUAUGCUAAGUGUCAGUGAUGUUUUACAAGUGUCAAUCUGUCGAACUCGUAAAAUGCUACAAUUGGUCCUUGGUGGCCAUACGCUGGGAUUGGAGUCAUACUCAGGCCGAUGUAAUUACCGUAUAAUAUUCGCGUCAUUGGUGUACAACAACGUGUUUUGUUUGUCUUAUGUUGAUGAGGGAGGAAACGUUAAAAUCGCAUUAAUCGCAAUAGGAAAAGACCGAAUGACACUCAUCAGAAAGGACUGCUUCCGGCAGGCGCAAAAUGCCAAGAUGUCACGGGCACUGGGGACUGAAAACUUGUUCCUUAUAGAAUGUGACGGAGAACGAAGUGUCCUGAGUUACGACCAAUCACACUGUUCUAUGGUGCUUAUGAAACAGCUGUCACUGAAGACUGAGGCCAGUGUCCGGCUUGUGGACGAAGAGCGCAUCCUCCAGUUUGUGUUGGUUCCAAGAGCGUUACGCAUUAUCUGCGAUGGUGCCACCGCGGAUGACCAUGUGGAGUAUACGAUACCACUGGAUGGUGAUCAUUGCGAAAUUUUAUCGGUCAAACGUCUAGACCAAGCUAUAGCUGUACUUAUAAAUGUCGAUGGAAAGGGUGUGGUACUAUGCCGAUUCAGAUUACCUUGUUCAACUAGUCAUUCCAUCCUUGACAAUGAUAUGUUAACUAAAACGGAAGAGGAACUGUCUACCCUUAUCCGUAGCGGCAAGAUUCCUAUCAACAGUCAACUUGUUGAUCAUAUUAUGGCCAAUAAUCUGGAGUCUUGUGCUGUAGAAUGUCUCAAAUCUCUAUAUAUUCCGGAAGAGCAGGCUGUUCGAAUAAUAACAAAGGAUACGUCACUUCUGAAGGAGCUUAUAGAGCACACUAAAGGUGACCAGCAAGAGAUAAUGUCUGCUAUACGUCAGCAUGUGUCAAAAGAGAAAUGUGCUGAGAUUAUCCAGCAGCUGCUAGAUAUGUUGGAUCGUAUAGAGAUGUUCGGAUCGCAACAAGUGCAUUGUUAUAAGCGCAUCAUCGCAUUUAUGAACAUUCUAAUGGACGCUAUGCUCUUCAAUAUGCACGAGGCGGGAGCACUCAAAGAUGAAUGGAUUGACAAGCUCAAGGCGCUUGUAAAGCACUGCCAUACGGAGAGUCACAACCUUCAAAGCUUGCUGAGCUUUACAAACAGCUUGCUAAAAAGACGUGUCAACAAGGAGGAGAAUGAUAAGAGCUCCCUUAUAGUUGUGUUACCAAUCUCGUACCUUGAUGCUCCAAAAUGGGUAAAUGUGGUAAAGGUACGGGGUCGUUCGGUCUCCGCAACGGUAAAACCCACAUUCCAUGUCGCCGAUGUGGCAAUUGCGCCUUUCACAUCCAGAAAAGAAGGUGUGCCUCAUGCGGCUAUCCAGACAAAAAAACUCGCGGCUAUAACUGGUCGUUCAAGGCCAUCCGCAGAAGGACUACCGGUACUGGCAGGAUCCGCUGUUGCGCGUAGUGCCCCCGGCACACAUGCUACGAAGCGUCUGUUUGCGGCAGAGAGCGCUGCCAUUGAUGUCAGCGGUGAAUAUGUACUGAAACCAGUGCCCGGUGAGAGUGGAAAGUUCUACCUUUCUUUCAAAAAGGAUAAAAUGGCGUCACUCAAGGACCUAUCUUUCAUCGAUUUCACCAAGAAUAGUAAUGUGCAAAAGGGAGAAUUUCUAUUAAGUGUAGAGUCAGCAAAAACUAUGUUUGACUUCAUGUCGCCAGCAACGCUGAAAAUUAUAGCGUUUAACAAAAAAUUUGUUGAAAAACCAACUGAAGACAUACUUAAAAAACUUAAAGAUGAUCCAGAAAUUGAAGAUAACUAUCUUAUGAUUGUAGAAAUGGCAUGA